GACUACACUGUCAACAUAUUAUGGCUCAACAGCAACUACUCCACUGACAGUGAUCCCUGCCAACCUGGUAUCUCUCAUGGACCCUGCACUACAACCUCCAGCAUUCCCACUACAGUUAAGGCUGAGUCCAGCAUAUCUAUUGUUUACUCCAACAUCAAGUUCAGACCCAUUGGUUUAACAUUCAUGUAA